UCAGGGUGGGGGAUAGAGGGAGAACUUUUUUCCCUCUUUUGUUUUUUUAAGUGUCGUUUAUUUCAGUGUGAAGAAAAAGAGAGGGGAGGUGUGUGUGUGUGUUUGUGUGUGUGAAAGAGAGGGAGGACUGGUAAGAUUUUCCAGAGAGGUGGACUGAGACGGAAACUGAACAUUUUAGUUUGAAAGUUGGGUCGGAGUGACCGAGGCUCUACCCGGAGAAUGGAAGCGAGCUGAAGGUCCUCACAUCUGCAGUCGGAGCUUUUCUUUUUCUUUCUUUCUUUUUUUUUUUAAAGAAAUUUGCAUAAGGAAAGGCAGGGACGGGGAACAAGACCAUGCAGCCGCUGCUGUCGGGUUAGUGGAGCUUGUGAGUUAGGGGAAGAAAAAAGGAAGAGCCUGAGGAGAGAAAACCGGUUUUCCCUUGAAUCCUACCGCCGCUGCUUUUGUGUUUUUGAAUGGUAGGUGCCUUUCCUGCCUGACAGGGCCGAGUGUCACAGAAAAGUUUGAGGCUUCAGCAGCUCACGGGCGCGUCGUCACCACACCUGCUCUGAUGGACUUUAGAUAACGCCCACAGCGGUCCCCGCCUUCCCUAUCCUGACUUUCAGCCUGUCCCAGAGCCUCAAAGUUCAACACAAUGACGGAUCCCACUGGACUGAGCUCUGAGGGGGCAGGGUCGGCCGUGGCAGAUGCCUGUAGUUUGGAGAUAGAGAGGAAGUAUGAUGUCAUCCCUACCGUCAUCUGCUCCAUGUGUUGCCUGUUUGGAAUCAUCUAUUGCUUCUUUGGUUACCGGUGUUUCAAAGCUGUCAUGUUCCUGUCUGGCCUGAUGUUUGGCUCGGUCAUCAUUUUCUUGCUGUGCCACAAGGAGCACGUGCUGGACACGCAGCUGAGCGUCGAGGCCAGCGCGGGCAUCGGCCUCGGUAUAGGCCUCCUGUGCGGCCUCGUCACUAUGCUCGUGCGAAGCGUCGGCCUCUUCAUGACGGGCCUGCUGCUCGGCUUCCUCCUGGCUCUCGCUGCCCUGCUGGUCACUCAGCAGUUCUACACACCUACCACACUGUGGGUGCCGCUGGGCGCUCUUCUGGGAUCGGGCAUGCUGUUUGCCGUGCUGACGCUGCAGUGGCAGAAGAUGUUCACCAUGCUGUCCACCGCUGUGUUUGGGGCGGCCAUCAUGACAGUGUGUGCCGAUUACUUUGUGGAGAUGCUGGUUUUGGGAAUGUACGUGUAUGAAUGCCUGCGCCUCACACCCGGACAGGCGCUCUGCUGGUACAGCUGGGUCAUUCUGGGCAUCUGGCCUGCUCUCAGCCUCAUAGGAGUGCUGGUCCAGUGGAAACUGACGGACAACAGCUUCUCACACACAGAGGUUGUCAUCAGUCGGAGACAGAAGAGAGUCCAGCUGAUGCGGAUCCGAGAGAAAGACGCCAAGAAGCGACAGCAGGCAGGUGGGCAGGAAGGCACUUACCGCCGUAAACCCACCCCAGUGAAACGUUACGCUGGGGAUCUACUGGCACCGAGCUACCUGCAAAGUCUGCGGGACAGACAGAUGGGCACCGGCACUUCCCUUAGCAGCCUGGGCACCGCCAACCACACCACGAUCGACUUGGACUACGACACUGGCUCCACGGUGCCCCUCACAGCCACAACGCCAGUCGUCAGGGUCUGAGCAGCACAAACAUAAGAAGGGACUACUUAAUGCACUCUGGUUCUCCAACUGUGGCUUCCUAAUGUAGAGUAGAAGUUAAUAACUGCUCUUCUAUCUAUGGGGUGUUUGUCGCCCUUGAACUGAUUUUCUCCUCAGUGGGUCGCAGGUGUUCAGCAAAACACAGCGCUGCUGGACAAUGUAAGAGGAUGAGGCUAAAACCACUGCAACUUCUGUGUUUCACAGAGAAACACAAGAAAAACGCCAGACAUGAACAAAAGUAAAGGUCGACCAUUUCCACUCUUCACUGAGCACAUAACAGCCCAAUGAGCCUCGAAGACAGAUGUGUUUCUGUUCUGAUAGUGAACAUUACAAAGCAAUGCUUGACAUUACAUGUACUGUACUUCAGAAGUUAGUCAUCGCAAUCAAGUGUCGUGUUAUUACCCGUUUUACCCUUUUCCUGUCCAGUCGUAGGAUUUUUUUUUGUGGGGGGG